GUUCUAUACUCUCGCACGCCAAAGGCCAAGCAAGCAACCAAGCAAGCAGAAGCCACAUCCAGAGCAGACGCACCAAGAAAAUCAUCGCCAUCCCGUCCCGCCCGCGCGCCCUCCCAGAUCUCGCUCAGCCUACUAUGUGGGAUUAGGUAGAUGAGGGCGGCGCUCUUCGGUGCCGACCGGAACGGGGGACUCGACCGAGCCGCCACCGCCAAAGAUCUCUUCUGGCCGCCGGGCAAGCAGCAGCAGCAGCAGCUGGAGCCCAGGUCCGUGCUCGACUGCUCCCGCAGGCUCAGCCCGCCCAACUCUGCAUCGACGCUGUCGUCGUCCCUCGGCGGCGGCGCGGCUGACUCGGCCGGCGGCGUGGCGGCGGUUUCCGAGAGCAGCGCCGGCGACGCCGAGGCCGUCAAAUGGGGGGACCACGGCAGCGGGGGCAGGAAGGACGAGUGGAGCGCCGGCGGCGGCGGCGGCUGUGAGCUGCCGCCCAUACCCGGGGCACUCGAUGUGGGCCUCGUCGGCGCCGAGGGCUGGGACGCCAUGCUCGGCAACGCCGCGGCGGCCGCGGCCGGGCAGGACCAGACCUUCCUCAACUGGAUCAUGGGGGCGGCCGGCGAGCUGGAGAUGCCGGGGGCGCCGCUCGUCGACAAUGCGGGCUUCGGGUUCUCGGCCGUCGACCCAAUGGGCUUCGCGCUCGACCACCACCACCACCUCGGCGGCGCCUCCUCCGACCUCUCCUCCUCCGGCGCCACCGGCGGCGGCGGCGGCAGCAGCAAGGCCUCCUCCGCCUUCGGCCUCUUCUCGCAGGAGGCUGCAUCCCUCCAGCCGCCGCCGCCUCCCAUCCUCUUCCACGAAGGUAUCGACACAAAGCCCCCUCUUGUUGGACCGCACCCGCCUGGCCACGGCCUCCUCCACCACCACUACCAGCACCAGCACCAGCACCAACCGCCGCCUCCCGCCGCGACCUUCUUCAUGCCGCUCUCCUCCUUCCCCGAUCACAACCACCGCUCGCCACUUCACCAGCCACCACCACCCAAACGCCACCACUCCGUCCCGGACGACCUCUACCUCUCCCGCAGCAACCUUGGCGCCUCGGCUGCCGGGCAAGGCCUCGCCUUUCCCCUGCUCCACGGCUCGGCCCCGUUCCAGCCCCACCCUUCGCCGCCGCCGCCGCCGCUUCGCGGGGCGAUGAAGACCACGGCUGCAGAGGCGGCGCAGCAGCAACUCUUGGACGAGCUGGCUGCGGCGGCAAAGGCAGCCGAGGCCGGCAAUUCCACUGGCGCGCGAGAGAUAUUGGCGCGGCUCAAUCACCAGCUUCCCCCGCUCGGGAAGCCCUUCCACCGCUCCGCCUCCUACCUCAAGGAGGCGCUCCACCUCGCGCUCUCCGACGGCACCUACGGCGCCUCCCGCCUCACCUCCCCGCUCGACGUCGCCCUCAAGCUCGCGGCGUACAAGUCCUUCUCCGACCUGUCCCCCAUGCUGCAGUUCGCCAACUUCACCGCCACGCAGGCGCUUCUCGACGAAAUCGCCUGCAGCACCGCCUCCUGCAUCCAUGUCAUCGACUUCGACCUCGGCGUCGGCGGCCAGUGGGCCUCAUUCCUGCAGGAGCUCGCCCAUCGCCGUGGCACCGGCGGCGUGCCUCUGCCGCUGCUCAAGCUCACGGCCUUGGUUUCAGCCGCUUCUCACCAUCCGCUGGAGCUCCAUCUCACUCAGGAUAACCUCUCACAGUUCGCUGCUGAUCUUGGGAUUCCGUUCGAGUUCAAUGCCGUCAGUCUUGAUGCUUUCAGUCCGGCUGAGCUCAUUUCUCCUACCGGGGAUGAAAUCGUAGCUGUUAGCCUCCCUGUUGCUUGCUCUGCCCGUGCGCCGCCGCUGCCUGUAAUCCUUCGGCUGGUGAAGCAGCUUUGUCCUAAGGUUGUGGUGGCAAUGGACUAUGGAGCUGAUCGUGCUGACCUCCCGUUCUCGCAGCACUUCCUGCAUUGCUUUCAGUCUUGCAUGUUCCUCCUUGACUCGCUUGAUGCCGCUGGGAUUGAUGCGGAUUCCGCAUCUAAGAUUGAGAGGUUUCUGAUCCAACCAAGAGUCGAAGACGCCGUGCUUGGGCGGCGCAAGACCGACAAAAUAAUGGCAUGGCGGAAUGUGUUCACAGCUGCUGGGUUCACACCUGUGCCGCUCAGCAACCUCGCCGAGGCGCAGGCCGACUGCCUGUUGAAGCGGGUUCAGGUCCGAGGGUUCCAUGUGGAGAAACGUGGUGCCGGGCUCACGCUCUGCUGGCAGCGCGGUGAGCUCGUCUCCGUAUCGGCAUGGCGGUGCUGAUCAUCCGCCGCGGCCACCGUCUGCAGGCAUCAUCCACUCCAGUAAUGUUGUUCAUUUUGUCUUGCAGUUAAAUGUUGCGAUGGAAAAACUACUACUAUCUUGGCUGUUGUUGAUCUAAAAACUAUCUUGCCUGUUGGACAACCUGUAUUGCUUUUCGUCGCAACUUAUUAGCUAGGCCUAGAGGAUUUAGCAACAUUUGUGUCCGGUAUCUCUAGUGUAAUGGUGUUGCUCUAGGUUCUUACCACGACGUUUGCACUCUCUGCUCAUUUUAGCAUUUACCAUGUCAUUUCAAGAAUUGCUUGUGAGGAGAGAGUACUAUAAUUUUAACCAGUGGAACCGGUUCUAUGGUACAGUAUUGAUAUUUGCUCCA